UUAAUGAUAGAUAAGGUUUUUCUAGUUGUCCUGUAAAAGUUACUUAUUGACACAUCGUAUUAGUUUGCGUUUAAAUACUUCUUAUCUCGCGUUGGUUUAUCCAGAUUUUAAAGUCCUUUAUGUGCAUAAAUGUAUAAAAUAUGUGAUAUUUAAAACAAUGAAAACAUUAUCGCUGCAUUUCACAUGUUUGUGCCUAUUUUUUCAUGGACGUCUCGUGCUUGUGGAUACGGAAAACAACAACGAGACGAAUGUGAUAGAUUUACGACUCCCCUAUGUCAGAGUUCCUGAAACAAAAACUUACUAUGUUUGUCAGCAAUUUGAGGUCAAAGAUGACAAGCCAUAUCACGUGAUUAGAUUUGAGCCAAUCAUAAACAAUACUGAGAUCAUUCAUCACAUGCUUGUAUUCGGAUGUGAAUUCGAAAUGGAUGACAAGGGGCCUCACCCAUGUGACUCGUUAGACUACAGGUGUCACACAUGGCUGGGCAAGUGGGAUGUUGGAAUGGAUGAUCUUAUAAUGCCAGAUAAUGGGGGUGUCAGAAUAGGAAAAGGUUCAUUCAAGUAUCUUCUUCUGCAGAUACACUGGAAUAAUGAGAUGGGUUCAAAAGAUGAAACUGACAGUUCUGGGAUGCGGUUGCAUGUUACUUCUCAUUUACGUGCAAACGACAUCGGGAAUGUUCAAAUUGGUCAAAACGACAUAAACAUCCCUGGGGAAAGUGAUCACGUUCUUAUAUCCGGAAUAUGUCCCGGUAGAUGUACGGGUCUUAUGCUACCAUCACCAAUCUAUAUUACAAACGUAUAUUUGCAUAUGCAUGGACUAGAGCUAUGUACAAAAAGUACCGGAAAACGGAGUUUAGCUAGGUUUUCGAAUUACGCAAUAUCAACAAUGUCAGGUCUGAUUAUUGACAAACAACAAGAAGCUAUUCAGACAGCAGUGUCAGGGCACAAUUUUAUAUUAAUUGGUCAACCAGGUACGGGAAAAUCCUAUACAAUAGGUAAAAUCUAUGAGCAACUGAAAGUUCAAG